AUGGCGAUUCAAUACCUCAUCCUGCUGUCCCGCCAGGGCAAAGUGCGCCUUGCCAAAUGGUUCACGACCCUGUCUCCCAAGGACAAGGCCAAGAUUGUCAAGGACGUGACGCAGCUGGUCCUCGCACGUCGAACUCGCAUGUGCAAUUUCCUCGAGUACAAAGACACGAAGAUCGUAUACCGACGAUAUGCCUCCCUUUUCUUCAUCGCUGGCUGCUCAUCCGAAGACAACGAGCUCAUCACCCUCGAGAUCAUCCACCGAUACGUCGAGCAGAUGGACAAGUACUACGGAAACGUGUGCGAGUUGGACAUCAUCUUCUCCUUUACAAAGGCAUAUUACAUCCUCGACGAGCUUUUGCUGGCUGGCGAGCUGCAGGAAAGCAGCAAGAAGAAUGUGCUGCGGUGCAUAGGGCAGCAAGACUCACUCGAGGACAUGGAGUACCUCCCGGUGCGCGACUUCGAAGCCGUCACGAGCGCGCUCAACUUCAACACGCCCGACUGCAACGUCACGGGCGGCUGCGAUCUCUACACGACCAAGUCGACCGGCUCCGACAAGAAACUCUACAAGAACAUCGACAAAGACCUCAGCUCCCAGCAUGCCGCGCUCUUGAAGCUCGGCGCCAGCCUGUCUCCGCCCGACCGCGAACAGAUGCUUGCCACGUCGCCCAGCAUGCAGCUCUUCUCGACCUCGAGCGCCUUUGGCCCCCUGUCGGAGCUCUCGAGUCGCCGCACUUUUGCCUAUCUGAUUGCGACGCUCAACGCGAGCCAUCCUCACUACGACUUCUCUCAUGUUCUGCGGCCCGGCGACUUCAAGCGCGAGCGGAAUCUGCGGCGCGUCAUGAUCAACCUGGAUUCCAUCCUGCAGAACGUGCGACCCGGCCUGGAAGCGACGUCGCUUGACUCCUCGCCCGGCAGUAACCUGAACUCGGUUUGGGGCCCCCGGUGCUGGUCACUGAUUGACAAGGAAAUGCGGCUUAACGAGUGCACCAUCUUCAGUUACCACCCCGAUCCCGACCCGUUCGAGGAGGACGAGAGCGCCAUCUGGGCGGUGCACUACUUCUUCUUCAACCGAGCCCUGAAGCGGGUGGCCUAUCUCUACGUCCGCGUUGUCCCCGUCAUCUCGUCCACGAGUCCGACGCUGCGGCCCACAAAGCUCGGCCAGCACAAGCGGCAGACCGACUUUGACUCGGAAGGCGCCAAGAAGCGCGCCAGGUACUGGCUCGGUGACCGCGAUGCCGAACUGGUGCCUCCCUACGAGGACGACGAGGGCCCCCCCGACGAUGGCUUGUUCUGGAACCGCGGAUCGGAUGGCGACCUGGUGCCCUUUUCGGACGACGAUUAUUUCCCGGAGCUGGACGAGGACUACGAGGAGCCUGACGACGAUGACGACAGCCAGGAGCCUGGCAAAUGCAACGAGAGACUGAUGAGUGAGGACAUUGCCGGGCGGAUGGAGAUUUGA